UGUUGCGUAAAACUCCAAGUUUAACCUUUUCACCUCCUUUUCGAUGUUGAAUACUAAAGAGGUAAACAAGAAGGCGUGGUCACUCUGAUCAAAGAUGGUUGAACAUUUGAUGAAGACGGAUGAAUCACCCUGGGAGAGAAAAACGAAGACCUGAUUUGAAGUUCCAUCGAUCGCAUGGAUGAGAAAACUUGGUCGAGAUGUUAUACAGGGCUUAUUGUAGUGAUUGUUGGCUUAGGRUGCUAUCUGAAUACUUUGAAUUCAGACUUUGUUUACGAUGACAGCCGUGCAAUUCAAAACAACACAGACCUCCGCUCUACUACCCCCUGGGUCAAUCUAUUGUACAAUGAUUUCUGGGGUACCCCUCUCACACACAGUGGCAGCCAUAAGUCUUAUCGUCCAUUAUGYGUUGCUUCAUUCAGACUCAAUUAUGCAAUCAAUGGUUUGAACCCAGCAGGGUAUCAUGCAAUCAAUGCCGUUUUGCAUUCCAUUGUGUGUCUAUUGGUUGUGGUACUGUGUUAUGCAAUGGUGCUUUCCCAUCAUGCUUCACUCAUUGCAGGACUGUUAUUUGCCACACAUCCUAUACAUACAGGCUAUAUCUGGUGGUCUUGUCCCUCGAGUCCUGUGUUUGAUCAUCACAUCAUUAUGUCUUCUUUCUCUACGAUUUAUUCUAAUGGGAAACACGACUCCUGAUUUCUCAAACUCCGACAAUCCUGCUGCUAAUUCAGACAGUUUUCAAACAAGAGCUCUCACKUUUUUAUAUCUACCGGCUUUUAACUUUUGGUUACUUCUUUGUCCAAGAACACUGAGUUUUGAUUGGUCAAUGGACGCUAUACCUCUUGUCCAGAGUAUUUUUGAUUGGAGGAACUCAUUGUCAAUUAUAUUUUAUAGCUGUCUUUUCGCACUUGGUAUAAGCGCGUUGAGAAGGGUCAAUUUAGUUCUUCGCAAUGCUUCCACUUUAAGCGAACACGGACUAAAGGACCCUAAGGCACACACUACAGCAGUUCAUAAAAUAAAGUACAAUCUUGGUAGAAUUCUAGCAGAUAAAGGAAACCUGAAGGACGCAUUUGAGGUCUAUCACGAUGCAGUACGGACGCUUCCUUCACACGUGGAACCUCACAGCUUAUACAACAUGGUUGGCGAGGCGUAUAACAAGGCUGGCAUGCCAGAACAAGCCGAAAAAUGGUAUAAAAUGUCAAUACAAAGUAAACCCGAUCACGUGCCUGCGCAUUUAACUCUUGCUAAGCAUUAUGGUAAAACGAAUCGUGUACAAGAAGCAUUAAAUCUAUUCAGAAGAGCACAACAACUCCAACCAAACGACUAUUCUGUAUGGACGCACUUUGGCCAGUUUCUGUACGAGCGAAGGAAUAUCGCCAGUGCUGCAGAAAUGUUCGUUAAGGCUAGUUAUCUUAAACGCGAUGAUUUUGAUAUAGUUUUUACAGCUGCGAAUUACCUAAGGGAGGCUGGGCAAAAAGAAAAGUCGAGAGAAUAUUUCACAAAAGCUGCGAGGAUCGAUCCACAGAACCCCAUUGCGCACAUGAACCUGGGCGCUAUUCAUCAUGUCCUCGGAGACUACGAGCAGGGCGAGAAGAGUUACCUAAUGGCMUUAAAGCUAAAACCAGGCGACGAAAUGACCCAAGAAAAUCUAAAAAAACUCAGGGCAUUGAAAACAAAGAAAAGUAAAAAGACUAAGUAGUCACUGGUGUUUGUGCUGAGGUUGCUGGUGUAUACAAAGAGUAUCAUUGUGUCUAUAUCUGCUAACCUACAGUGAAGAUGUCCCCAUGCUGAGGAAGUUAGCGGGGUCCCUGUGGCAGGACGUUUCUGUGUGUCUGAGAGAGGCUGGGGACAAGAAUUUUCAAUAGAGGAUGUUAUUUUUGGAGUUGGCAGAUUAGAAGCUCGACAAGAAGUUGCGAAGCAAGAUACCGAUCAAUUGUAUGACAAUUCGCGUAUCUGUUAAAUACCUAAGUGCGAAAACGUUGUCCUGAGAUCUAGCCGCGAUUUAUAAACAAAGGAACAAAAGAUAACCAGUUAAGUUGAAGUCAGUUCUCAAAUCCUUUUUCUUCUAAAACGUUUUUUUCAGUUAGGUCCAUUUAUAGCAACUGGUAAAUUUAAUUUAUUGUGACAUGGAAUGAAAAGACGAAACGUUUGGCGUGACAUAACGUGACAAUUUUUUAAUUUAAACCUAGGAUGUGUUAAACACGAGCCAGGAAAUAUUUUACUUUAUUUGUAUUUGCUCAAAGCAGAAUUAGAAUAUUUCAACAAGUGCCUAAAUA